UAAGAGACAGUCUAGACGAGAUGCGACAUAAUGUGAGACUGGAUGAGACAUACUCCAGACAUGUCAUGUUUUAUGUUAGAGUACAGGUGAGGCAGAGGAUAGGAGUGUGCCAUGGCCUUCUCUUUCCCUUUCUCGAGCUCUGCCUUGCGUUCUCUUCAGCUGGAGACUGAGGAGCAGGAGAGGUGGGAAAUUCGGAGAAAACUGUCCCGUGUGACUUUGAGGCCCACUCUCCACAGACAUCAGCCAGCAGACAAUGGACCACAGGAGCCCCCUCGCCUCUGCACUGACCCAUUGUUCCAUAUGGCGCUCUUCACUGGGGACCUAGAAACCCUGCAAAGGCUUCUGGGUGCAGAGGGCUCUGCAAACCUGCUAGUCCCUACACGGAACCAUGACAUGCGCUGGAGCAGUCAACAGGCUGGGAUCUGGUCUCUGACAUACGAAGAAGAAUACACCUGCCCUCUCUACGUGACGGCGAGUCGUGGCUACACCCAGUGCCUCCAGCUCCUCCUCAAGAAGGGGGCAGACGUGGACUUUGCUCCUGGUGGAGAAAGCGCCCUCCAUGGGGCCUGUGAGAACGGCCACGAUGAAUGUGUGAGGCUCCUCCUGAGGAACGGGGCCAACCCCAACAUCCAGUCCCAAGAUGGCUUCUUCCCGCUCCACCACUGCAAGACAGCGGAGACCUAUCUGUAAGUGAUCAACAAGCCAAUCACCUUCAUACUGCU